CGGAGAGCCGGCAGCCGCGCAGCCGCCGCUGCAUGCCAUGGCUGUCGCCUACCUGCUGGGCAACAGCUCCGCGCCGCUCCUCGCCGGCGCCCUGGAGGUCCCCUUCGCCGCCAACGCCUCCGCCUGCCGCCCCGCUUGGCCGCCCUGCGCGGCCGCGCCGCCGGGAGCCUGGGGCAACGGAUCGGCGGGCUGGAACCGCUCCGAGCCCUGCGGCGGCGGCAACGACAGCGCGGGCGGCGGCGGACCCUGCGCGCCCACGGGCGGCGGCCCCUCCGUGGUCACGGCCAUCGCCAUCAUGGCACUCUACUCCGUGGUCUGCGUCGUGGGGCUCUUCGGCAACUUCUUGGUCAUGUAUGUCAUCGUCAGGUACACAAAAAUGAAGACUGCCACCAAUAUCUAUAUUUUCAAUCUUGCAUUGGCAGAUGCCCUAGCAACAAGUACUCUGCCAUUCCAGAGUGUGAAUUACUUGAUGGGAACAUGGCCGUUUGGUACCAUCCUUUGUAAGAUCGUUAUAUCCAUAGACUACUACAAUAUGUUCACUAGUAUCUUUACACUCUGCACCAUGAGUGUGGAUCGCUACAUAGCUGUUUGCCACCCAGUUAAGGCCCUUGAUUUUCGUACCCCCAGAAAUGCAAAAAUUGUCAACAUCUGCAACUGGAUUCUUUCUUCUGCCAUCGGCCUGCCAGUUAUGUUCAUGGCAACUACUAAAUACAGGCAUGGCUCUAUUGACUGCACACUUACAUUUUCCCACCCUGCGUGGUACUGGGAGAACCUCCUGAAAAUCUGUGUGUUCAUUUUUGCCUUCAUCAUGCCAGUCCUGAUCAUUACAGUGUGCUAUGGGCUGAUGAUCUUACGCCUAAAGAGCGUUCGCAUGUUAUCUGGCUCCAAAGAGAAGGACAGGAACCUGCGGAGAAUUACAAGGAUGGUUCUUGUAGUGGUGGCAGUGUUCAUCGUCUGCUGGACUCCCAUCCACAUCUAUGUCAUCAUUAAGGCCCUGGUCAACAUCCCAGAAACUACCUUCCAGACUGUCUCCUGGCACUUCUGUAUUGCUCUAGGGUAUACAAAUAGCUGCCUUAAUCCAGUCCUUUAUGCAUUUCUAGAUGAGAAUUUCAAAAGGUGUUUCAGAGAGUUCUGCAUCCCCACUUCCUCAACCAUUGAGCAGCAAAACUCCACCCGAGUCCGACAAAACACUCGUGACCAUGCUUCCACUGCCAACACUGUGGACAGGACUAACCAUCAGUUGGAACUUCAAGAAGCUGAAACUACUCCACUGCCGUGACAGGCUCUCCUGCCGCAUAGCUCUCAAAGCAAUUGCACACCAGUGCCAUGGUGUGUCUGGGCAGUAUGUGAUGGGAAUGUGUACGAUAACGCUUUCCCUCAAAAAAAUACCACAGAGGAAAGUGCCUGCUUUCACUGUCUGUCAAAAUUUGCUUCUGCAGCACUUCUACAUUAAGCGUAACAGAAGCAUGAAACUUAACAGCCUGCAGAGCCAAGGGGUACGGGGUCUUGCCAGGCUGCAGUGUUCAAAAGAGUCAUGUUUACCAGGAAUACAUACAUUAGCCUCAAACAAAGCUACUGUACCUAUAGCAAUCUGACAUGCUCUUGACAAGUUACAGUGGUGUUAAACAGGUUGGAAAUGAAAAUUCAAAGGCUAGGCAACUAUAGUUUGACUAAUGAAUGUGAGUUUUUAAUGAUGGGAACUACCGCAAAAUGAAGUUGAAAUACUAUUGCGUACUUGAUUUACUCUUAAAGUUUAUUUGUAGAGGUGUUUACCGUGCAGGUUAUUUUUGUGUGCUGGUCUCCCAAGAUCAUCCAGAACAACAUAUUUGUAGUUCAAGAACUCUUCUCAUACAAGGAGUGCAUGCCCCACAAUUCCAAAGGGAAAAUACUCCUUUCAGUGCUCAUUUAACAAAAAACAAAACUCCAAGCUUCACCUUCUGCUUCUCUUUCUCAUGGGAAAAACAGACUUUAAAAUCAAAACAAUGAGCUAUUGCUUCUUCUAAAAUAGAUGAGUAAAUGGAACUAUUCCAUGUUACUAUUAGUUGUCAAAUGAUCCCCAAAACAGCACAGACUCUAUUAACAUAAAUUCCUUUGUGAAUAGAAAUCUAGCCAUAAGCCUAUUACGGCUAGCACAGGCUGAUGAUGACUUCUCUUUCAAGUAGUUUGUCAAAUUUCAGCUGCCCUAUCAGCACCAUUUUGAACUUGUAAGUUAUCAACAGUCUCUGUGUGAAGUGCUUGGAGCAGUUAAUGCAUUAGACCUUUUUUUUUUUUAAAGAAAAAAACCCUACAUUUUGCUAGACAUCUAUUUUUUCUUAACCAAACUCUUAAUACGUUUGGUUUUCUAACAUAAUACAGUCUGCUUCUCCAUUUUGUAUUAGCUGCUGAAACACAGAUUUAUGAAAGAAACAUUGUACUGAAAUAAAUGCCACCUUAGCUCUUUUCUAGUAUGAAAAAUAGAAACAUCCAUGUAGAUAAUUUGUGGUGCAAUGGUAUUUUCUAGCCAUUCUUUGUUACUUGCUUUGUAAAUAAAUCAUCAGUAAGUUAACCAGGGGAAAAUGUACUUUGAUGCAUUUAAGUGUAUUCUAAAAUAAAACUGUAUGGAACAAGGUUGUGGGGUUUUUUUUCUUUUUAUUUCUGCAGCUACGCUGUAUUUCUAAUUUUAAUUGUUACAAUCUAUGGAACAAUAUGCUUUUAAUGUGAAAUUGUUUGCUUCUGCUGUGGACUAUGUAAUAAAGAUUGAAGGCCAAAUACUUGCAAGUUGUAAAUAAAAGUAGUAUUUGAGUUUCA